UGGAUACAGUGAGCAAGCCACAGCAAAAUAUGUUUUUUGGGAUCCCUGUCAAAAUUGCCAAAUGUCCGAUGAGCAGAAGCUGAACAGUUUUAUGAAAAAGCAUGGCGUGCAGGAGGAUGUGGCCCGUCACUAUCUAGCCGCCAACGACUGGGCCCUGGAGCGGGCCAGCGGCACGUACGAGUCGGAUACGGGCGCCGGCAGCAGCAAUGCCAUUGAGGCGUCCAGCAACAGAGAGCCCCAAUCGGGCAGCCAGCAGGAGGAUGACCCGGAGGAAUUCUUUACCGCGAGCUCCGACCACACUAUAACCCCGCCGGAGAAGCGCGUCAGCAUCGAGAACUCCACGCCGGCCCUCACCUAUGUGGACAGCAUCCGCAGCAUGCGUGUCUGGGGGCAAGGCCUCCGGCUGGGCAGCGCUCAUCCGAUCAAUCCGCCGCCACCGCGGAGCGCGGAUCAGGACUCGGACACGGAGCCAAACGACAGCGAGCAGACCAUUGUGGUGCUGCAUCUCUGGUCGGAGGGCUUCUCCCUGGACGACGGCUCGCUCAGGCUGUACGAUGUGCCGGAGAACGAACGUUUUCUGCGCUCCGUGCUGCGGGGCGACUUCCCCGAGGAGAUGCUUGUGCUUGGCCAACGGCUGGAGCUGAGUGUCCAGGACCACACCAACGAACCCUUCAGGCGACACACGCGCAAACAGUUUCUGGGCUCGGGACGCCCCCUGGGCAAUCCCUCGACUCGCUUGGACUCGCUUGCCUCGCCGCCCGAGUCCUUGGAGAGGCGCCAGGAGCAGCAUGCCGAGGGCAGGCUGAACCUCAACGAGCGGUCGGCCCUGAUCACGGUCCAGCUGCGUCUCUCCGAUGGCAGCCGCAUCUCAGCACGCUUCAAUCCCACCCACAACGUGGCCGACCUCUACCGCUAUAUCCGACUGGCUCGGCCCCAGUACUCCAGCCGCAGCUUCGUGCUGAUGACGAGCUUUCCCCGCGAACAGCUGGAGGAGACGGACGCCCGCACCCUGGCCGAGGCGAAUCUCUGCAAUGUGGUCGUCAUCCAGCACAUGCACGAGGAGCAGCCGCAGCAGUCUGCCAGCGACUGCUCCGACCUGAAUGUGCAUUAAAAACGAAUACAGACAGCGAACAUAAGACCCUCUUUGGUAGCAUUUGAGUAAAGAUUCCUUCAAAUCGAUUUCCAGAUUCCAUACGCGAUGUCCUGCACAGAAAUGUCAGCCUGCUCGACUUUGCCUCCAAUGUAAGUGGAUGGGUCUGCUCUGCGCUGUGCUGUGUCUGUGGCCAAGCAAAUAAACUCAAUUCU